AUGAACAUCGUUGCGGCGGACAACCGCACGCCCAUCGUCAAUGUCCUCACCUGGUUCCUCCUGACGGCCGCUGUGCUCAGCGUCAUCACUCGCCUGGGCACCAAGUACUUUAUCCGCGGGCGACUGAGCCCGGACGACUACAUCAUAUGUGUCUCUCUCCUCUUUUGCGCGCUGCAGUCCAUCUGCGUGUCCGUCGCGACGGGCAAUCGUUAUGGCCAGCCGAUCGACCGGAUGAGCGCUGACCAGAUCAAUGCGGUGCUCAAGCCUGUUCCUGUCCAAGCUGUCCGUCACCACGUUCGUCAAGAUGGUCGUUUCCGUCUUCUCCGAGCACAAGACCUCGUGGGUGCUGAUGGCCCUGCUGGCCGUCUGGGGCCUGACGUCCGAGUUUGCGGCCGCAUUGCAGUGCCAGCCUCCGCGGACGUGGGACUUUAUCAAUCACCGGUGUUUCAACAGGGUAGAAGAUGGCACAAUCGAUGCGCUCCCAGACUACUGGCUGACUGGACCGUCAUUGUUGCAAUUGUCUGCGCCCUCGUCUACCGCAACCGCACCAUCAUCGCGCCCGAUCCGAUGUUCGACACAUGGCCCGUGGCCGUCUGCGUGCAGGUCGUGCAGAGCCUGAGCAUCGCGACGGCGUGCUCGCCGCAGUUCAAGCCGUUCCUGGAGAGCCUGCAGUCGAGCGGGCUGCGACUGUACGAGCUGCCGAACAGGAAGAACCGGACGGACAGCGACAGCCGGUAUCCGCGGACGAUCGGGUCAGCGAGCAUGGUCGACCGGCACGAGCGUGCGCUGGAGCUAAACCUGUCGCCGCAGCCAGCUGCUACCAGGACGGUUGUCACGGCGGCGCAGCAGGACUGCGACGCGAACAGCCAGUCGAGCCAGGCGCAGAUCAUCCGCGAGACGCGGACGUGGGCCAUCACCGAGCAGAGGGAGCAGAGGCAUUCGGUGGCGGGCGUGUCGGAUACGAGUGCCCAGGGGAUAGAUCAAAUGGCUCUCAUGUAUGGAUAUGAAUACGUUAUGGAUAAUGCUAUGAUACCCGAUGUUUACGAGUAUAACGUUCCAUCAGACCUAAAAAUAGUAAAGUGCAGCUACAUGUACUCUGUAUUAUCGAGUUCUUCUUAUUAUUCCUACCUUAUCGGCCAGCCCCUGUGGGAACUUCAACCCGGCAACCUGGUGGAGAGCCUAGAAGAUCGCCAUCUGCGCUAG